AUGGAGAAAGAUCGAGUGGAAUCGAUCGCUCUCGAAAUCGCGACGGAGAUUCCUCCGGCGGUGACGAGAGUUCCACGGAGGAUUCGCGAGAGGCUUUUAACCGACUUUAGUAAGAAGACAGUACCUUCUGUUCAAGAUAUUGAAGACAAGCUUCUCCAUGCGCAUCUUCGUAGACAGCAAUUUUAUCACAACGUUUCGAGAAAGGCUCGUGCGAAACCGAAAAGCCCAUCACGAUCCUCCGAUGAAGAGCUUGGCCAACGAAUCGAAGCAAGACUCCUCGCCGCCGAACAAAAAAGAUUGGAGAUUCUUGCAAAGGCACAGAUGCGUCUAGCGAAACUAGACGAGUUAAGACAAGCAGCGAAAACGAGCGUGGAGAUACGGUCGGAGAGGGAACGUGUGAAGCUCGGAACUCAAGUGGAGUCUCGUGUUCAGAAAGCAGAAGCCAACAGAAUGAGGAUUCUCAAGGCGUCGCAUCAGAAGAGAGCGUCGGCGAAGGAGAGAACGUCUCAGUCGAUGAUGAGGAGGAUGGCGAGAGAGAGCAAGUACAAGGAGCGUGUUCGCGCUUCGAUCAACCAGAAACGUGUAGCCGCCGAGAAGAAACGGCUCGGGUUGCUUGAAGCCGAGAAGAAGAAAGCACGUGCUCGUGUCCAGCAAGUGCGCCACGUUGCCGACUCUGUUUCUAAUCAGCGUGAGAUGGAGAGAAGUAAAAUGAGGGACAAACUUGAAGACAAAUUGCAAAGAGCGAAGAGGCAUAGAUCGGAGUUUCUUCGCCAGAGGAGAAGACAACAACGUGAUUCGUUUAGUCUCUACUGCGAUAUGAUGCAAGAAGACGCUGUAAUUCUCUCUACAAAGCUGUCAAGGUGUUGGAGGUGCUUUGUGAUGAAGAAGAGGACUACUUUGGCCUUGGCUAAGGAUUAUGAUGGUUUGAAGAUUAACGAGUCACUGCCAUUUGAGCAGCUCGCUGUGCUACUUGAAUCGCCUGGUACUCUUAAAGCUGUUAAAGCUUUGCUUGACCGCGUUGAAGUUCGUUUAGAAGCUUCAAAGAAUGUUACGGCUGCUGCUUCUCAACCGUCUUUGUUGGAUAACAUUGAUCACCUUCUGAAAAGAGUUGCUACGCCAAGGAGGAAGGUGACGCCGAGUUCUCUGAGGAGCAGAAAAGGAAAGAAAGUGUCUCCAGGGAGGAGUGUGGCGGCGAAGAUGUCGAGAUAUCCUGUAAGAGUUGUUCUCUCUGCGUUUAUGAUACUAGGCCAUCCGGAUGCUGUUUUCAACGGCCAAGGUGAUCAAGAAGCUGCUCUCAACAACUCGGCGAGAGGGUUCGUGAGCGAGUUUAAGCUUUUGGUGAAAGUGAUUCGAGAAGGUCCGGUUAAGUUUGAAUCGAAGCUUCGGACGUUGAGGUCUCAGCUGGAGCUGUUCGACAAGGCGUGGUGCUCGUUUUUGAACUCGUUUGUGAUUUGGAAAGUUAAGGACGCUCGGCUGCUUGAAGAUGAUCUUGUGAGAGCGGCGUGUCAGCUUGAGCUCUCCAUGAUUCAGAAAUGCAAUGUGACUCCCGAUGGGGACAGCGCUAUGCUGCUCACUCAUGAUCAGAGAGCUAUUCAGAUGCAGGUGACACAGGAUCAAGAACUUCUAACGGAGAAAGUGAGGCACCUGAGUGGAGUUGCAGGCGUUGUGCGGAUGGAGAGUGCGUUGACGGAGACACGGUCGAAGUACUUUCAGGCCAAGGAGAAUGGAAGCCCUAUGGCUCAUCAGCUCGCGUGUUUCUUUUCUCCAUCAUCUCCAGUUGAGUCUGUGUCUAGCUCAAGCAGCAGAGGUAAAGAGAGCGUAGGUGGUGAAGGAUCAAAACGAGUUGUUCGUUCUUUGUUUAAGGAUGAGGCUCCUCCACCUUCAUCUGGAACCUCUAGAGUCGGUAAUGAGAAUGAGUUGGUUGUGAACGAGUUACUGCACGAUUGGAAUUUCAAGCUUCCAGGUGGAUCCAGUGUCAAGAAUGAGGAGGACAAUCUGAAGAGAAAGAUAAAGGAGACAAUGGAGAAAGCUUUCUGGGAUAGUGUCAUGGAGUCCAUGAAACUGGAGGAGCCAGAGUAUAGUUGCAUCUCCAACCUUAUGAGAGAAGUGAGAGACGAGCUUUGCCAAAUGGUGCCAGACAGCUGGAAAGUAGAGAUAACCGAAACUAUUGAUAUAGAGAUUCUCUCACAGUUGCUUAACUCAGGCACAUUGGACAUCGAUUACCUUGGAAAGAUGCUCGAGUUUUCACUGGCUACUCUGCGGAAACUCUCUGCUCCUGCUAAUGACCGUGAGAAUGAAACCAAGCACCAGAGUUUACUCGAGGAACUUCACAGGUUGUGUCAAGCUGAAGAUGAGUCUGGUGACCUCCGUGCUGUUGCAAUAGUCAAGGGGAUCCGCUUCAUUCUUGAGCAGAUUCAGGAGCUUAAGCGAGAGAUAGGCAUGGGGCGUAUAACAAUCAUGAAACCCUUUUUGCAAGGACCAGCAGGGGUUGAUUACAUGACGCAAGCUUUUGAAAAGCGCUAUGGACCUCCCACUCAAGCCUGCGAUUCACUACCAGUGACGAGAAGGUGGAUCUCAACUCUCUCGUCUUGUAAAGAUGACUGGGAAGAGCACACCAACACUCUUUCAGCGUUAAAUGUGGUUGAGAGAUCCUCCAUGGGGAUCUCUCUCAAGACUGGUGGAAGCUGUCUUUCCACAGUAAACAAUCAGUCACAGUCAAUUGUUACGGACUCUUCAGAAGGUCAAGUGUCAGAAUGCAAAGGAGAAAGAGUUGAUUUGACAGUGAGGCUUGGAUUGUUGAAGCUGGUGAGUCAGGUCUCUGGUUUAACACCUCAAGUUGUACCAGAAACUUUUGAGCUUAACCUCUCUCGCUUGAGGGGAAUUCAAGCUGAGAUUCAGAAGAUAAUUGUAGUAUCCACAAGCUUGCUCAUAUGGCGGCAAAUGAAACCUGGGAAGAGCGAAAACGAAACAGAAAGCAUGGCGAAGAAGCUGUUGGAUCUGUUAGACGUGAAGGAGGAAGCAGGGCUAAUGGAGAUUGUGGAGACGACGAUGAGUGAAGAAGGAGAAGAGAAGAAGAAGAUGAUGAGAGGUUUGUUGGGGAGGAGUCUGGGAGAAGGCAACACAGUGUACGAGAGAGUCACGGAUUGUAUAUACAAAGCAUUGAGAGGAGUUUUAUUGGGUGGGAAUGGUGAGAAUGGGAAGAGAUUGGUGGAGAGAGAGAUGAAGAAAGUUGGAGGAGGAAGCUUUGGUUUGAAAGAGAAGGUUUUGGAGACGGCUCGAGCUCUUGGAGUCGUGGCUUGUGUCUCGGUUAAGGUUCAUGGUCCGUGGUUGACUCGUCUCGUUCCAAAGCAGUGA